CCCGAGGUGUGCCCAAGGAGAGCUCACCCCUACGUGGAUGCCGACAGGGACCAUCGGAAGGGGCCCCCCCCUCCCAGAUAGGGCUCCAAAAGGCGUCAUCACCACGGGUAGGACCCACAGGGGUAUAGCUCUUUCCACGGAUUACCGUACCGCUCAGUAACCUCCCCGUAGAUAGCAGUGCAACGGAGGGGAGCCAACCCGCACGGACCCAUGGAGAGCGGCAAAUGCUUCGGCCUCUGUCUGCGCGCCAUCCACUUUAGGAGCGCCCGCGAGUGGAAGCAGUUCAUGAACCCAAAAAUAGACGGGACGAGGGUGAAGAAGAUCCGCAACGUCAGCGAAAACGACCUGCUGCACAAGCACCGGGUGCACAAGUACCCCUUUUUCAAGAUGAAGAAAAUUGGGAAAUACCAAAAGGUAGAGGCGAAUGACAGCCGCCCCUUCAAUCGAGACGUAGAAGUGCUGUAUGACCACCGGUACGCAGACACCUUUGUGAAGCUGAAGGAACUCAUUUCGGCCCACCUGGGAGGAGUGACCAUCCGGGAGAGAUGCACCGAUGACGCGUCCUUCGAAGUGUACGAUUGCCUACGUAACAGAACCCUCCUCAAAAAAAAAAACCAAGAGUUAGAAGCUGAAGGGCUAUUUCGCGAGAUGGUGCAGAAGAUGCAGCAAGACGUGUGAUUCUGCCUGGGGGGGAAGCGACGUGGGGGCAUGCAGCUUACAUACAGCCUACAUGCAGCUUAAGUGCAUCUUACAUGCAGCCUACCCCCCCUCUACCCUUCUACGUACAUUUUUGCAUGUCCUCUUUU